ACCUUUUCAGUAUAACAAGUCCACCAGAUGGCACCUUUGCCAUCAAUCUGACCAUUUCCAUCUAAUGUCAAGUUAUUGACACUGUAGAAGGUUAUAAGGUUGUCUGCUUCUGAUGCCCAAAUGUAGUUUGGUGCCACAAUGUUACCAUCCAUCUGGAGAAUGUCAAUUCAGAAUUCAUGCUACAUUAGCUUCUUGUACCGGCUUAAAAAGAAGCUUCUUAUGUGGAACCGUUGAAUUUAAUUUGUUUCAACAAGAAUGUCCUUCCUCCAGGGAUGAUCAAGAUCGGCCAGCCUUCAUUGUUGCAGGUCUCUUCCCAUGCCGCCAGGAACGCCUUCUCAGCAGAGAAGAUGCAUGGAAAGUGGCAUUGAAAUCCAAGACGUUGUAUAACGGCCGUUUCUGUGCUUCAGACGAACGGGUCAACACGAGCAACAACACAAAGGGUUCUCGAACACAUGCACGUCAUGCACGCAAGCCUUCAAGCCCUGGCAUGCAGAAGUACUGGGAGAAGAACAGCAUGUGUACAUAUAUCAAUAUCAUUCAGGACAGGUGACUCGAUCGAUCACAAAAUUCACU